AUGAAGGAUAUCAUAUUAAUUUAUAUGAUAUGUGCGCCCAUAUCAAUGAUAGGGUCAUUAUUUAUUAUAAUUACAUGGUUAUUAUAUGCGAAGCUUAAAAAUAGUGGUUCAAAUUUUAUAUUCUUUCAAGCAAUUUCCGAUUUCUUUUUUACAUCCAAAUAUAUCAUAACAAUUAUAUUCUAUUAUAUAAAUAUACCACAAUUCAGUGACGAAACCUCAUCAACUGAUACUAAUCCUUAUUGUUUUUCAUUAGGAUUAUUUUCACAAUUUUUUGGACAAGCAACAAUUAUGUGGUCAUAUACUAUGACUGUGAAAGUGUUUCACAGUUAUUUUGAAAUGAAAAAAAAGAAUAAUAAUAAUAAUAUUGGUAGUAAUAAUAUUGGUGGUGGUGGUGGUGGUAAUAAUAGUAAUAAACAAAAUUCAAUUGAUAAAACAUUAAAAUGGUAUCAUUUAUUUGUAUGGGGAUUUUGUUUAGUUAAUGCAACGAUAAUUGGUAUAAGUAAACAAUAUGGACCAUCAUCAACAGGUUGUUGGAUAGUUGGUGCUAAUAAUCCUUAUAGAUUCUUUGAAUUGGUGCCAUUGUAUUUCACAAUUACAACAUCGAUUAUCAUUUUAAUAUUGAUUUUAGUAAAGAUGAAGAAAAGUAAACCAUCAUCACUAUUACCCACAGAAUCAAUGAGAUACAAUCAACAAGCUAGGGAAUUCAAAAUUCAAUUAAUGAAAUUCGUAUUGAUUUUCAUCAUAUUUUGGCUCCCUGCUACUGUAUUAAGAACUCUAGAAUAUUUUGGAAUAGAGAAAACUUUCUUUAUUCUAUUAGAUGCUGUUUCCGUUAGUUUACAAGCUUUAGCAAAUAGUUUAGUUUGGGCAACCUCUCCUCAAUUCUUAAAAUUAAUGAAAAGAAAAGUUGUAAAUAAACCAAAUAAACAAAUGGAAAGAGAAUAUUUAAUUAAUAAAUAA